AUGCGUCAACGAAGCUAUGGGACAACUCCACGUCGUACGGAACUGUGGACGACGCGAGGAAAGCCAAGAGCAUUGCGCGUCCUAUUGAACCAGUAUCUCGAAGGGCGUCGAGGCUGUAAGAAAGGCGGAACCCAGUUAUGUGCGACAGCCUCAUCGGAAAGAAAGCAGAAUGGCAGGCAAUCGACAUUGGCCGAGUGUUCCAACUUGGCUAUGCUCCAAUGCGACACGACACGAGCGAGCAGAACACCAGAUGACGACAUUCUACCAUUCAACGCCGGACCAUUCCACGUUACCUACACAAUGCCAUCAUAUCUACCAAGGUUGGAAAUCCCAAAAUUCUCAGGACGAAGAGCUGACUGGGACAACUUCUGGGCCAUAUUCUCCGCGAAUAUACACGAACAGAAUAUCAGCCCUAUGCUGAAAUUCAACUAUUGUGGGCACGUAUCUGUAUAG